UUUCGUUUUCCAACUUGGUUUCUUUAGUUUCCAAUGCGGGGUACUCUAGCUUCGUGGAGGCCGCCGGUAUCCCACUGGGUACAUCCCAGUUGAGAAAACAAGUACAAAAGCCUGACGAAUGCGACAAUCACUAUUUAUACGUCGGAUUUCAUUCCAAUCCACAACCACCCAUACAGCUAAACUACUCUUCAACCCAUAGAACGCUCGUUUCCCAUCUUUGUAUACUGUCAUUUGUGUAUCCGACAACAUUGCACGCUAGGAAAAAUGUCUGUCCCCGACACCUCCCGCAUUAUAGUGGUCAUGGGAGCCACCGGCAAUCAAGGAGGGGGUAUUGUUCGUGCCUUGCUGGGCUCCAGAAUACCGGACGGAGGCCUUUGGCAUGUUCGUGGGACCACACGAGAUCCCAAUUCGACGAAAGCGAGGCAAUUCCUGGCCGACCACCAGACCGUCGACCAACGCCUGUCGCUCGUGCCCGGGCACGUCGAUGACCAAACGUCCCUCCAAGCCGCCUUCGCAGGCGCAUACGGCGUAUUUGCCAUGACAUCCGAGACCCAAGCUGGAAGGGUUUUGCACAAAGAGGAAGACCUGAAACACGAGGUGGAGGCAGGACGUCAUAUCGUCCUGGCAGCGGAGGCUUGUGGUGUCAAGCACUUCGUCUUCAGUAGCUUGCCGGAUAUGGUCCGCGCCACAGAAGGUCGAUUCCCGAAUAUCCAUCACAUGAAUAACAAGCAUGAGGUCGAGAAAUUUGCAAAGGAGAAACUCAGCGCGGUGACUUGUCUUAUUCCGGGGUUCUUUUAUACCAAUUUGUAUUGGCCUCAAUACUCUGACCGUCGAUCGGACGGUGUUGUUCGGUUUCGCAUCCCCAUCCCCAGCGGCCAGGUUGCGCAGUGGACCGAUCCAAUCCAUGACAUGGGCAUGUUUGCAUCCAGGGUGUUCGAGAUGGGUACUGAAAAAACCCGUGGCAAGACGUACUUUGUGCUAAGCUCUCGAGUCACCCCUGUUGAGAUGAUAGAGACAUUUACAAGGGUCACCGGUCAGCCCGCAGUUCAUGAACCGAUAACCGCAGAGGAGUUCGGCGAAAUGACAGCUCCGUUCGUUGGGCCAGCCUUCCAAAGGGAUGCCACAGAGAUGAUGGAAUGGGCUGCCAUACUGCCAGCGGACAAGAUUUGUUACGGUGCCUUCGAUGAACACGAGGACCACUCCUUUGAGGAACUAGGGUUGAAGGCAUCCUCUUUUGAGGAAUGGCUCUGCCGUAGUGGCUGGAUGGGUCCAGCAUGAUUGUCAGAAAGAGAUGUUAAUUAGCCCAGCAUGGCAC